CCCCUGGAGUUGAACGCUUUUUCGUCUCUUUUUUGGGGGGGGGAUUUUUUGGAUUUAUUCGGAACCGCGAGGCAAGCGUAACGCCGUGGGAGUGCCGUAUUUUGAUUUUACGAAGACGCGACAUGCCAAGUGCUCUCUGAGUGGAGAAAAGAGCAGAUGGCGUCAUCAACUGAGACAAAAGAGCAGGAGCAAGUGGUGGAGGAUCGAGAGGAGAAGGAGACCGAGAUGGAGAAGAUAAUAUCAACAUCCCCAGAGGAGAGUGAGAGUACGAUUUUGUUGCUUGAGCCACAGGUGAAAGAUAAGAAGAAAGAUGAGGUCUUAAACCUUGGCAAUGAAGUGGUGAGGAUGAGAAAGGAGGUGAAGAGGGUAAGGGCUCUGGUCAUCAGGAAAAUGACGCGACAGAUGUCUGCUUUGAAGAAAAAGAAAGGAAAAGAAAGCGAUGUUGAGAGGAACCAGAGGAGGGCAGCCAGACUGUUGGAGGAGAUCCAUGAGAUGAAGCAACUCAAACCAGACCAGGUGACCAAAACUGCCCUGGCGAAGAAUAUCAGCUUUGAGAAGGUGUGUAAAAAUCCCAAGUCUACCAUUUCCGAUCGGGCCACAGCACGAAUUGCCACCCACCCCCAGUUCAGCAAAAAGAUUGAAGCCAUCAAAGCUGCUGUUAAAGCUUUCAAAGAGGAGAGGAUGAAAGGUGGAAAGCAGGCCGCAGACAGAGGCAAAGCAAAAAAGCAAGCUGUAAAGGAGCCUCCUCAGCCAGCAGCUGGUGAUGCAGCGAGACAAGUAAAGGUUCAGGAGCAGGAAGAAGAUGGUGCAGUGGAUCAAAAUGAAAUGAUGGACAAGGAGGGUGAUGACUCUUACCUGGAAAACAGUGAAAACACGACCAUUCAUACGUCUCCCAAAAAAGACAAAAGGAAAGCAAAGACUCUCACAGGUGAGACAAGUGAGUCUAACAACAAGCAAAUGUCAGGGACUCUGGUAAAAUCUCCAGCUGUGGUAGUUUCCACGAAUGUUGAAACAACAUCUCCCAAGACCGCUGAGGCAAAAAGCCUUGUGAUAGACACACUGCAGAACAGAGCCACAGAAAAACCAGCUUCCAAGGCUGCCGCUGAAGUGCAGCAGAUGAAGGGAGCUCAGGAGGAGAGUGACUUGGAGUCAUCUGAUGAAGAGAAAGAGUACUUUGACGACAGCACAGAGGAGCGGUUCCGCAAGCAGUCCUCCCAUUCAGAAGAGAGUGAUGACGAAGAUGACUUUUUCCUGGGAAGAGUGAGCAAGUUCAAGAAGAAGAAAAGCAAGGACGAUCCAAGUGCAGAGGAGCGGCAGAAGGAGAACAAUGAGCUGAAAGGUGACACCACAGACUCACCCAGCACCUCAGACCAAGUCCCAAGUGAGCGUGACCAGGCUGAGUCCAGACUGAACUGUAAAGCAAACAAGCUUAUGUCUGUCUUCUGUUCCUCCCUUUCUGAACAUAAAGCCAGCAGGGACAGGCAGAGCAGAGGUGGUGGUGGGCAAGGAAAUCACAACCGGGGAGGACAGAGGGGUCGCGGUCUUAACAGGUUUUCUAAUAGGCCACCCAAGUUUCAACACCAGCGUAGAGGGGCAGAACAGCAACCGGAUUCCAAGGACAGCAAUCAUAACCCUGAAAGAAAACCUCCUAAGUCAGAGGCUUUUGCUGGGAGAGGGAGAGGGAGGGGAAGGGGCAAAGGUGACACUGUCAGGCAACCAGAUCGCAGGGGUACGGGUGUCUUUUCCCAUCAGGCACCACAGCAGGCGCUGCACCCAUCCUGGGAGGCCAGUAAGAAAAGGAAGGAGCAACUAGGACAAAUCCUAGCUUUCCAGGGGAAGAAGAUCAAGUUUGACGAUGAUGACUGAAGCUAGUUGGCUCUUCAUUAUGUGGGCAGGCUCUGGGGCAUAUUUAGUGGGGCAACUUUGCAUUUUUUGUAGAAAAGGAAAACAAGGUGUUUUUGAAUGAAACAAUUUCAUGAAAAUAUAAUUGUUCCCAUAUCAGAAUUGCACUGCAGUUGAAUUUGCUACAAAAGAGGCCAUUGCUAUCUCGUACCCGAAUGUGAUCAUCUUAUCAUGUGUAAAGUUUACCAGUUAACAAGUUAAUGAGUAGCAGCCAACAUUUCCACAGGUCUUUCUCCAGCUCUGCAACGUCUUUUAUUUUGAUCUAAUUUAAUAAAUAACAUUGUUUUAUAUCAGAGCUUGUAUCACUUUGUCUUGUAAAUUUUCUCUACG